GUCUGUUUACCAUCAGUGCGCUUUAGCUGAGGACUGCGUACUGUCGUUCUCCUUUUCACUCAACAACACAAUGAAACCGUCUUGGGGUACAUUCAAGUGGCCGUCGUUCGUUCACGCUGUCCCUUAAAUGCUCCAUCUUCUUCCAAGCACGCUGUCAAGAAUGAAUAUUGGAUACCAGUCGCAGGGCCGCUCUCACACCAUUGGACAUCUAAAAUACCUGGCGCCCCAGGGGGAAAGCGCUAGUAUUUAUGCAUGCCUUAAUUUUGAAAGCCAUUAGGCCGCUUCCCCCUUCAUGAUGGCACCGAUCCCUUUACUCCCCGUCUGCCUGGCCAAUGUUGCCGUUGAAAGUCUUCUCUACGGUAUCUUCUUCGUUCUCAACACGAGUUCUCUCGUUCUUGCUUUACAGUACUUGCCGCGGAGUCUGUUACCACCACGAGAUCCACGCAAACCGUUAUCGACAUUAGGUCGUUUGGCGGUGGUAUUGAAGAAGCCAAUGUUUCUUGGUACUGUACCGUUGUUUAUGACCGUAACGGCGCACUGGGUCUGUACCGUCGUCCGAAGCUUUCAGGCUUUUGUCACCUUCAAAAACGGCACUGAUCCUACCGGGUACUAUCUCGAUAUAUCCCAACCUACGUAUGUUGUCAAGACGGGGCUACUGUUUGCGUCUGUGAUUAUCAGUGAUAGUAUGAUGGUAUAUCGUCUAUGGGUAGUUUGGAAUCACAACCAUCGUAUCGCCCUUCUACCGGCUAUGAGCGUCCUAGCGUUCAUGGCAUGCGGCAUCGGAACGACCCACCUAUACGCAGUUGCCCCACCUGGAACUCCCCUUGUUAGCUAUCCAGAAGCGAGUAAGUGGAUUAUUGCUGAUGUAGUUUUGUCGGUGUGCACCAAUGUGUAUUCUACGACCCUGAUCGCAUGGCGCGUUUGGCUCACCCACCGAGCUAGUCGGCAACACGGAAUAGUGGCUUCAGCCGGUUCGUCAAAUCUCAUGACCGCCCUAGCUAUGUUUGUCGAAAGUGCAGUGCUUUUCAGUAUCUGGGUGCUCUUCUUCGCCUCCCUCUACGGAGCCAAAUCCUCCCUCGAAUCCUUAGCAGAAGACAACAUCGCCGUCAUGGCUGGAAUAGCAUUCAGCUUGAUAAACGUCCGGAUCGUGCUACGUCGUGCAGCUUUAGACGGUGGAACGUUGACAACAGUUCUAUCUGAUAUCACAACGCGAUUCCACUGUCGGUGUCAAUAUAUCAACGGCCCAGGAACAAUCGGAGCAGUCUCGACGGAGGAAGAGUCGAUGGCAUAUCCAAUGACUGUGAGUCGGAGGAUGGGGGUUCAUGUUCAUCAGAUUCAAACGGUUGAGAACGAUAUAAAAACACGGGAUGAUCAUGAUGUUGAAUCGGACGCUAAUAGUACUAGUAGGGUGAAGAGUUUGAACGUGAAUAUUAAAGGAGACAGGGAUGUGAAGGAGCGUGUCAGUGUUGAGACGUUGAGGCCUCACCCAUAGCCCCUCCAUGUAUACGUCUAUCAAGAUACUUCUUUUCCCUGUAUACUUCCAC